AUGCUGGACCAAGCCGAGACAUGUGUCGCGCCAGUGGACAUUAUGGCCCAGGCGCGCCGUGGGACCAGCUUCAAUACAGAAAAGCUGACGUGUGUCAUUUAUGGGGGCACUGAGGUCGCGCAGCAACGACGCGACGCCUGGGCACGCCUGGAGGCGUAUUUGGGGGUGACCGACACGUGGAAAUUACCCAAGAGAUAUGCGGAGACCGGACGAGAGCAGUUGUAUCUUGAAGGUCUGCGGUGGGGGGCGGCUGCACUCAAGGACAGCCUGGAUCACAACCACAAUAUCUGGGACUACUUGGCUCCCCAGUACAGCCUUUUCACCAACAGUCCCUUCGGCCUAAGGAUUAUGUUCAACAAGAUGCUCGAGCUCAUGGCGUCCGAGGUCCAACGACAGAAGUGGCUUCAGCCAGCCAAGGAUGGGCGCAUCAAUGGCGCUUAUGUCCAGACGGAGUUAGGACAUGGGUCCUUUGUCAGGGAGAAUGACAGCUUUGUCAUUUCCUCGCCCACCCCCACAAGCACCAAGUUUUGGCCUGGCGGUUUGGGCUAUUCGGCAACGCAUGGGCUUGUCAUGGCUCGGUUGAUCACCCGCGAUGAGGAUUACGGCAUUCAUCCGUUCCUAGUCCAGCUGCGCAAUAUGGACACAGGGAAGCCCAUUGAGGGCAUCGAGUUGGGCGAUAUCGGUCCUAAGAUGUCCCAGAACACCAACGACAACGGCUACGCCCGAUUUCACAAAGUCAUCGUACCGAGGGAAAACAUGCUUAUGGGUCAGGCUGAGGUCUCUAGGGACGGAGAGUACACCAAGAAGCAAGGAACUCAUUCCAAGGCUGCCUAUGGGACGAUGAGCAUUACCCGUGCCAACAUGACAUUUGUUGCAGCCGUUCAACUCGCAGCCGCUGUCACCAUUGCUACCCGUUACUCAACCGUGCGUCGACAAGGCUUCCUGCCCGAUGACCCAGGACAAUUCCCGGCCACGCGUACCUCGGAGACGGGGCUGCUAGAGUAUCAGACUCAGAGCUACAGACUUUUCACAUUGCUGUCGCAGUCCUACGCCAUGCUAUUCGCCUCGAGAUGCUGCAAGACUGCGCAGAAGGACUUUGAGGACCGACAGGCCAAAGGCGACUUCAGCACCAUGGCCAGCCUACACGCCUUGACUGCUGGGAUGAAGGCCUGGUCGUCUACCGCGGCAAUGUCCGGUGCCGAGGACGCGAGGAAGUGCUGCGGCGCAGUUGGGUCGAUGGCAAUGUCGGCCCUGCCGGAGCUCGUUGGCUCCGCCGGUGUUCUAUUCACCGGGGAGGGCGACAAUUUUGUCCUCUGGCAGCAGCAGGCUAGAUACCUGUGCAAGUGGGCUCUCCAUGCCAAGGCCUCAGCUCCGGGUCUUGAAGUCCCACAAGAACUGCGAUACAUGGCUGUUCCGCCUGUUGACAGAUGCACUGCGACUUGCGAAGACUUCCUGAGUCCGACAACCCAACUGCUGGUCUUCCAGCAUCGAGCGCAGCGCUUGGUGCUCAAGGCGGCCGUCGCCCUUCAAGCUGCUGAGACUACUGGCAUGACCAGAGCAGAGGCGUGGAAUAAGCACAUGAUGUUGUUGAUAUCCGCUGCCCGCGCCCAUACUGAGUAUUUGGUCCUUGCGGAGUACGUCAAUGGGGUGAUAGAGAUUGAGGAUCCAGCUUUAAAAAAGGCAUUGACGCGCCUCUGCUCCUUGUUUGCUCUAUCAACCAUCACAAGCCCCACAUCUGUCGAUGCCAUCACCUUCAUCGAGGACGGCUUUCUAUCCGGGACCCAGUUAGAUGACAUACGUGAACUAGCCCAUGGCUUAUUGGGGGAACUCUCAACUGAUGCAGUCGGUCUAACAGAUGCGUGGGACCUAAGUGAUGCUUCUCUGGGAAGCGUCAUUGGUAUGAAAGACGGCAAUGUGUAUGAACGGCUCCGAAGCUGGACGCAACAGCUCCCGAUGAAUGUUAUCGCAAACAAAAAUGGUGGCUCGCACGGUGAAGGUUGGGAGGAAUACGUGAAGCCUUUUCUGACAGCUCGCACUGAAUGGUGA